GAACAGAAUGUCCGCGGACGACCGGCACCUGGGCUCCAGCUGCGGCUCCUUCAUCAAGACAGAGCCGUCCAGCCCGUCCUCGGGCAUCGACGCCCUCAGCCACCACAGCCCCAGCGGCUCGUCCGACGCCAGCGGGGGCUUCGGCCUGGCCCUGGGCGCCCACGCCAACGGUCUGGACUCGCCGCCCAUGUUCGCAGGCGCCGGGCUGGGCGGCACCCCGUGCCGCAAGAGCUAUGAGGACUGUGCCAGCGGCCUCAUGGAGGACUCGGCCAUCAAGUGCGAGUACAUGCUCAACGCCAUCCCCAAGCGCCUGUGCCUCGUGUGUGGGGACAUUGCCUCCGGCUACCACUACGGCGUGGCCUCCUGCGAGGCCUGCAAGGCCUUCUUCAAGAGGACCAUCCAAGGAAACAUCGAGUACAGCUGCCCGGCCACCAAUGAGUGUGAGAUCACGAAACGGAGGCGCAAGUCCUGCCAGGCCUGCCGCUUCAUGAAAUGCCUCAAAGUGGGGAUGCUGAAGGAAGGUGUGCGCCUUGACCGAGUGCGUGGAGGCCGCCAGAAAUACAAGCGACGGCUGGACUCUGAGAGCAGCCCAUACCCCGAGCCACUGCAGGCUCCACCCCGGCCCCUCCCUCCUCCCCCAACGUUCACAUUCCUCCUCUGGUUGUUGGCAGUGACCAAGAUUGUCUCCUACCUGCUGGUGGCCGAGCCGGACAAGCUCUAUGCCAUGCCUCCCCCUGGCAUGCCGGAGGGCGACAUCAAGGCCCUGACCACUCUCUGUGACCUGGCAGACAGGGAGCUCGUGGUCAUCAUUGGCUGGGCCAAGCACAUCCCAGGCUUCUCGAACCUCUCUCUCGGGGACCAGAUGAGCCUGCUGCAGAGCGCCUGGAUGGAGAUCCUCAUCCUGGGCAUCGUGUACCGCUCGCUGCCCUACGAGGACAAGCUGGUGUAUGCUGAGGACUACAUCAUGGACGAGGAACACUCCCGCCUCGCGGGGCUGCUGGAGCUCUACCGGGCCAUCCUGCAGCUGGUGCGCAGGUACAAGAAGCUCAAGGUGGAGAAGGAGGAGUUUGUGACACUCAAGGCCCUGGCUCUGGCCAACUCAGAUUCCAUGUACAUCGAGGAUCUGGAGGCAGUGCAGAAGCUCCAGGACCUGCUGCACGAGGCUCUGCAGGACUACGAGCUGAGCCAGCGCCACGAGGAGCCGCGGAGGACGGGCAAGCUGCUGCUGACGCUGCCCCUGCUGCGGCAGACGGCUGCCAAGGCCGUGCAGCACUUCUACAGCAUCAAACUGCAGGGCAAGGUGCCCAUGCACAAACUCUUCCUGGAGAUGCUGGAGGCCAAGGUCUGAUGGCCCGGCACAUGGACCGACUCCCACCCGCGGACAGACCGACCGACCCGACGCGGAGACCUCCACAGCCACCAGCCUCGACCUUCAAGCCCUGUAUCAUGGCCACGAGCAGUCCCCGAGGAAGGGGCUUCUCGCCUCCCGGCUGCGUGCAGAGUCCUGGGUGCAGCGGGGCCGGGGAACAGGGAUGGGAGGGCAGGGCGUGGGCUCACCUGUGACUGGCUUUUUCUCUGGUAUGUUUUUCCUUUUCCACGGGCAGUGCUGACGCCCGGGCCAAGGGCUGACUCCCUUGAGACUAGAGACCGUGGAGGAAGCCCCGCCUUUCCCACCAAACCACCAAGAGACAGCAGCAUAUUUCCUACCCACCCCCCACCCCCCCUCCCCACCUCGUGGACUGGGCGGCCGGUGCUCAGUGCCUAGGACUCCCCCGGCCCAGGCUAGGCGCCACCUGGAAGUUUUCCCUCCCCAGACGGCAGGUGCUUUCUUCCAGAGGCUCUGCCUACCCUGAGGUUCUCUGGGGCCCCUCAGGAGGCUGCGUACCUUCCCCGGUCCAGACCCAGACGCCUCCCACCCUCCGUCCUUCCUCUCAGUUUGGCACACUCCGCUCCCGUUAGGGACUCGCCGUGGAGGGAGCAGCUGGCAGAGCUCGUGCGUUUUCCCAGGCACACGCCCUUGUGUGCUCCCACCUGCCUGUCCCCGCUGUGCUGGGGCCCACCUGCCCUCCUCCCCUCCUGUCCCGGGAAAUCCCUGCUACUUCCUGCCCCUACCUCAGAGCUCACUCAGUGGGUUCAGCCAGCCAAGGUGACUUCCGGGUCCGCAGCUGGGAACAGCACUGGCUCAGAAAAGAGCAGGGUCCAGGCAAUACUCCCCAGAGCUCCUGCUUCUUGCCUGCUUCUCACCUCCCGCCCUUUCAGCCUUCAGGGCAGAUCUGGAGCAGGUGGGCCUGUGGCAAGGCAGGGAGUGUAGGGACCUGGCCCCAUCUGAGGGCACCCUGGGCACUGAUUUCAGGCUGGCGGUCCUGGGAGGAUUGGGGGCAAGAUGGGGGAGGCUCGAACCAACCUUUGCUGAACACAGAAAGGCCUAGAAAUAAGCAGGCAGGGGAUCCCCAAAGACAGGGAGCUCAGGGGAGGUUGCCAGCCUGCCUGCUACGUCCUGGCUUCUGGGGACAGUGGACACCAGGACUCCCCGUUCCCUGCAUUCCAAAGGGUUGGGCGAAUCAGUGCCACAGGAGGGGUGCUCCUGUCACCCUCGACUAAGGUGUGACGUAGCUCCCUGGGGACACUAAGAAGGCCCAGCUCUCUGGCGGGAGCCCCCGGUCUUCCUAGCUGCUGUGUAGGAGCCCCCGGUCUUCCUGGCUGCUGUGUAGACUGACCAACCACCCCGGUUGGCCCUGAACAUUCCUGGUUUUAGCACUGAAGGCCGUGUCCUGGGAAACCCCUCAGUCCCAGGCAGAUGGGGACGGUCUGUCUUCUGAUUUCUGUGAGUGGCCUCAAAAGUUGGUUGUAACCCGCUCAGGGCAGCCCUGAGCACUAGCGGGUGGCUGCUCAGAGGAUCCCCCAAGGAUGGAGUGGGGGGAGGGGUUCAGCGUGUUGGGAAAAGCCCCUCCUAUGCAGCUGCCUUGUGAAGCAGGGUUCGGGGCAGCCCUACCGGGGACACUUGUGGGGAAUGCACACGUGCACAGGCAGGCGGGGCGGCUCACCCAUCAGUGGGACACUGGGGGGGCCGGGUGCUCGCUCCCAAGCCCCGCAGCUCUCUGCAUAAGGCGGCUUCGGCUGAUGUCAUCUUGCCACCUUCUCCACCCCAGACGCUCCUGAAUUUCUGUGCUGGGACCUGCUGAGGUCACCCCAGGUGGGAGGGCUGGCCGAGACCCAGCAGCUGCAGAGUGGCUGUCUGAUGUCCUCACGUAGAAAAUACCAUGGGUUCCAGGAGGCCUCACGGCCCAGUGACGUGCGCUCCUCUCCUGUUAGCCGGUGGGGAAUCCAAGGCCAAAGCCACGGGACAGUCAGCCUUGUAAUUGUCAUCCGAGAUGCUUCAUCCCUAGGUCUCUGGGAAGUCCCGAUCUGGGUGGACACACCCGCACCUCAGCAUCAAGGGACCCGGGCAAAGACCCAAGUCUGACAACCACACCCUAAGGUCCGAACCCGAGGGACCUCACGGUGAGAGAAGUUGGGGUCUGCUCCGUGGGUGCCUCCCCUAGCCUUUCAUCGUGCUGUGUGCUUGAGGAGGUGGGGCUGAGGGUGGCAUCUCGUCACCGGGGUGUCCCUUCCUGCUCAAGCACGAGGACAUGAGCUGUCCGCCACGGCAGGGGGCUGCGCCCCAGCUGGGGUUUGCAGCCCGUCCUUUUUAGGGGGAAGGAUCUCAGCCAACAGUACAACUGGUUUGCGGUGGGUGGGUUUUGGGAUGGAUCUGGUGCCCCUGCAAGGGUCCUGCCUCUAGAGCCUCUCUCUAGCAGCGAGGGGAGCUGGUGAUCCCGGGGGCUCUGUGUCGGUGAGGUGUGCACUGCUUUCACGCUUGAGCCCCAGUGGCGACAGGAAGUGGUCCGACGGGAACUCGUCCGGUGGGAAAGGCCCUGGUGUGUACCAACGGGCAUUCAGAGAAAAAGUCUAGGCCAGCUUCUUAGCUGGAGGCCUUGCCAGCUUUGGGGCCUCCGUGGGAGGCGGUGGGGGGGGGGGGCCCUGACUUGGUGGGGGAUGGUGAAGUGAGGAGAGUUUAGGAUGCCCCGUACCCCAGACGGGGUACUUGAUGGAACUCAAGUUUGCCCCCAAAUCUGUUCCUGGAAAAUCUGUAAAGAGGAAAUCACCCUUCCCACUUGUAUUCUCAUGAUACAGGUCAUUGAAAUGAACCAAGAAAUAAAAUGUGAAAAUCCAACCACGGAGAAGGUGGUAUUGGCUGGGUUUU